AUGGGAAUUGGGAAUUGCAGAUUAUCCGUAACAUUCCAGCCGAUUCUGUUUAUAGAAGUGACUUUAAGCACUCCUCAGAAGCUUGAUAAGGUUCCUCCCGAGAAGCCUACAAACUUGAGCUGCAUUGUGAUUCAGACACAAGUAACAACCUUUAUUCAAAGAUGUUCCUGGGAACGUGGAAGAGAUACAUUAUUGCGCACUAAUUAUUUUUUAAAGUAUAGGUGGCCAACUAAAGUAUAUCCUGAUUGUAUACCUCAAGACAGUAAUAAUUAUUGUACCAUUUCUGAUGUCGUCUUUUUUGUCACCUUGGAAAUGUGGGUAGAAGCCAAAAAUGAACUUGGAGUAGCUGAAUCUGACCACAUUGAAUUUGAUCCCAUAACUUAUGUGAAACCACUGUCUCCACAUAAGCUUUCCGUCAAUUCAGGAGAAUUUCCUAGAAUCUUAAGGCUGUCAUGGGAAAACAGAUUUAAUGAAGCUCAACAAUUACUAAAAUAUAAAAUUCAAUAUAAGAUCUUGAACAGGAAUGAUUGGAAUGAGAUGUUUGAAUUUUAUCCUCUGUUAGGACCAUCUAAAGGACCAGUUCUUUGGCGUAACAUUAAAACAUCUUACUCGACAGGAAAUUGGACAUUAGGCCUUCUUUGGAAGGAGUUGACUCCUUCUGAAGCAAAUGGAGUAAUUUUGAAAUAUGAAGUAUCUAUUUCAGGAAGACCGCCACUUUCUUUUCCAACUAGAUAUUACACUGUGAAUACCACGCAACUGAUUUUAAAUGUACAAAAUGGGACAUACUAUGUGAGCGUUACAGCAUUUAACAAAGUUGGUAAAUCUCCUACAUCAGGUUUGCUUAUUCCAGCAACUAAUUCAAAAGCUCCUGUGAAGAAUAUUGUUGCAUUUCCUGAAGGUGGCAAACUCUGGGUAAAUUGGACAGCUCCCAAAGAGUCAGUUAGUAAAUAUAUAAUUGAAUGGCAAGAAACAUGUAGCAAUUUAAGCUGCCCUACUGAAUGGCAGCAGGAACCUGGCUCAAAACAGAAAACAUUUUUAAAAGUUGUGGCUGUGGACCCUUCGAAAACAGAGUACUUACUAUCAUCUUUAUUAAGUAAUACUUUGUAUGUUGUGCAUAUGACAGCAUACACAGAAAGUGGAGGAACAGCUGGUCCUCAGUUUACAUUUUCUACAAAUAGAUUUGAGGAUGGAGAAAUAGAAGCAAUAGUUGUUCCUAUCUGCAUAGCAUUUCUGCUACUUACUUUAUUGGGUGUAUUAGUUUGCUUCAGCAAACGAGAUACCAUUAAGAAACACAUCUGGCCUAAUGUGCCUGAUCCUUCAAAGAGUGUGAUUGCUCAGUGGUCACCACAGACACCAGCUAAGCAUUUUAAUUCCAAAGAGGAAAUAUAUCCAGAGGGCAGUUUUACUGACGUCAGUGUUGUAGAAAUUGAAGCUGAGGACAAGAAAUCCCUCUCAGAUCAAGAUCUGAAGCCUUUCGACUUGCUUAGGAAAGAGAAGAGUGCCUCAGAAGGUCACAGCAGUGGUAUAGGGGGUUCAUCCUGCAUGUCUUCUCCUCGACAAAGUGUUUCGGAUAGCGAUGAAGGGGAACCUGCUCAGAACACUUCCGGCACUGUGCAGUACUCAACUGUAAUACCCAGUGGCUACCGGGAUCAAAUUCCUUCGGUGCAAGUCUUUGCCAGAUCUGAAUCUACACAGCCUCUCUUAGAUUCAGAAGAGAGGCCAGAGGAUCAACAGAUGCUUGGAAAUGACCACUCAGUGCCCAAGCAGCGCUACUUCAAGCAAAAUAGCAGCUGCGAUGACACAGCCACAGAUUUCGAAAAAGCGAAACAGAUUUCUCCAAUAAGUGAGGAAGAUGCUGCCAGGCUUCCAGCAUCACAAAUGGGUGGAUCUGGCCCAGAAACAGAUGAACAAGGGAAGGACUUAAUAGGUGCAUUUUCUCCUAACCUAAUGGAACAGGCUGGGCAGCUUGAAAAUAACACAGAUAUGGUAACCAAUGAAGAGAUGCCCAAAAGCUACCUUCCGCAGACUGUACGGCAAGGUGGUUAUAUGCCCCAAUGAAAAGACAAUACUGUUAUGCCAUAGCUCUGUUUUUUUUUAAAUUAUGUUUCAGGUGAAAAUCAGGCUCAUCUAUGGAAGAUAAUUUGGACAACAUGAGAUUUGGGAAACUUGAAAAGACUUUUAAAGGAAAAUUUCUAGACUUCUACUGAUUUUUUUCCUUCAAGCACUACAUAUAUUCAAUUUCAGAGAUACGUUUAUUACAUUUCAGUUUUGUCCUGGGCAUUCCACUUUGUUUUUAAUGUAGAAUAUAAAGUUACAUUCAUUUGCAUAAAGACAUAUAGGCCAGGAGUUGAUAAUUGCAAAUAUUUCCCUACAGUUAAGACCAUAAGAGGUUAAAACGUACAUUAUGAAUGCUCCAUUUGUGAUUGUCUGGCACCAACUUUUCAAAAAUAGUGUUUUAAUUACAGUGAGAGUUAUCCAGAAGCAAAUAGUUUACUGCCUAUCUGGCCAAACAUAAUUGCCUCAGACAGAAUAUAAACAUUACAUGGGUUUAGUUAUAGCCCCAAUAAUUAACUAACUAGAAAUGUUUUGUUUGCUUGGGCUCUUUCUCUGACCGUAGCAUGUUACUCAUGUCAAUCAAGGACUGCAUUAAUUGAGUGAAUUAUCAGCUAAUUGAAUCAUGAUUAUGUCAAAAAGUUGACUGGUAAUAUUUCAUGUUGACUUUUGACUGCCAGUAUUUCAUGCCUUUUGUAUCUUGCACUUUGAGCCAUAUCUGCAGAAAUGUAAAUACUACAUUUGGAACUCAAUCCUACAAAGUCAAAUCUCUGUAUAUGCUUAUUUUUAUUACCGUAUCAUAAUUAGAGGCAAUUGUUACUAAAGAGGAAUAUAUACUGUUCUUUUGCUAACUGCUAAAAUGCCAGGUUCUGGUAUUCCUUCCUGUGCAUAAUUAUGAAGGCUGGAAACCACACAGCUGGGUUAUUGAAGACACUAUGCUGAGCCGUGGUCUUUGUUUUGCAGUUCUGUUUCCUCCAACCUAUGAAGACAUUUAUUUCUUGGAAAUAUCAAUUCUUUUGGUUCAUACAAGUUUAUUAAAAACAAAUUUCCACAAUGCAUUAAUAGCCUGAAUGUCUUUUGAUGCAGUCCAGGAACACUAAAAUUGCAUAAGAAUUAAAGAUUAUUUGAUUGUUUUUUAACAAUUUCAGUAUGUAUAUAUACUGAAACUUUAGAGAUCAUCACCUUGAUUACUCUCAUGUUCCUCUUUUUCUUCGGGGGGGGGAUUAUUAUUAGUAAUAGCUGACAUUUAUACAGUAGAGAAGCUGAUAAGUUAUACACCACAAGCUCAAAAUAUAACCACAAAUAUAUUUAAUCAUUUUCAAAGUUUCAAAUAAUCUUAAAUGGCCUUAUUUUACUCUUUUUCUGCAUAUGUCAUUGUAAUAUUUUCAUGUUUGGAAAUGAAGUCAAUGCAAGCCUAGUUAAUCACAGGUUUAUUAUGAUUUGGCUGUUCACAGUUUGCUUUCACUUUGUCAGCAACUCAAAUCAUUUUUUGAAAGCUAACAGUUUAAUGCCUAUUCAUUGAAACUAUUCUACACUGAAUCCUAGAAAAUGAACAGAAAUUGUUCAUUGAUGAAAACGGAAUGAAUUGUAAACAUAAUCCACAAAUCUUGCCAAAUUGUCCUCAAAUCUUUUCCAAGUGUAAUGGAGAAACUUGACUUCCUAUCUUAUGGGGUAGUCAGUCUAUUAUUUUGUAUCUCUUUCCAACAAAUUAAAUGUCACUGCUGCAGGUGAAUACCCUUUUCAGUGUUUUUUAAUCUGUUUAUCUCAAUCCACCAUGUAAGCAAACCAUUUUGAACAUGUUUCCUCUUAAAUAUAGUAAAUAGAAGCCACCAAUUAAUUUUAUAAUUCCUAUAUUCUAAUUGUGGAAUGCACAAAGCGUGCCCAUUAACAUUCUACAAAAGCACCAUUAUCUAAAUUGAGAGAAUGUUAUAUGAUAUGGUGUUAUUCAAAAAACAGAUUACAUCACAACAAUGUAACUUCAAACAUAUAAGAAUGGUGCUCAGAAUUGUAUUACAGUAUUACUUCCUUAUAAUUUCUCCAACCUUUUGACCACCUGUAUUAACCUCAUAGAUUUUUAGGUGGAAAACCUUUGCAUAGUUAAUCCCCACUUACAGUAUACAGUAUAAUAGAGCAUUUUCUCAAGUUCACAAUUACUACUUCAAUCCAGAAAAUAAGUAGAACAUUAUAACUGUCUCAAAAAAAACCCUGCUAGCAAAAAAGGGCUGGUUUGUUUAAAACUGUCAAACUGGCUUAAUUAUUAUUUAAAAAAUGACCUUCAACCCAAGUUUCCCCAAAGAGGCUUUUAAUCUGAGCAAAGCUCAGUGUAUUGGGCUUUGCUUUCUAAAGAUGGAUUCCCCCAUGGAAAAAUUUGAUCAUUGAAGCAGAGACAGCCUUCCUUCAAGACUGGAGUCUUUCUUGAUCUCCAACAGGGAAGACCCAUCAGUCCUCUGACUCCUGCUGGAACAGUAUUUUUUUUCAAACUUGGCAGCUUUCCGAUGAAUGGAAAGCUGGCUGGGGAAUUCUGUGUUGAAGCCCAGUCAACUUAAGGUAGCCAAGCUUGAAAAACAUUGAUAGACUAUCACAGGGGACAUAUUUCAGCAUAAAUAUAUUUUCACAAAUUUGAUUUGUUAGUUAUAUUUUAAGCCUCAAUUUCUUCAUUACUACGAAACAAAUUAAUCCACCUAUCGUGCCAAUUAUUUUUUAAGUUAAACAUUGACUCCAGUGUUGGAACACAAUUAUUUUUGUUGCAAUUUAUAUAUUCUCAUGGUAUGUAGCCCUUAAUUUUACCAUUAUUGUGAACAUCCACUGACGUCGACUUGGUGUUAAAUUCUGCUGAAUAAAAUCCCUCAGAUAAAUUGAAUGUUGGGUUGUUUUAAAACUAUUUGCCUGUGAUUGAAUAAAUUAGGUACAGAAUAACAUUAUAUAGCAUUUUUAACGGAAAUAGUUCAAAGUAAUUCUGUACCUUGGGUUUUUUAAAUACAAUUAAGUAGCAAGGAUUCCAAGUUUAAUUUUAUUGCAUCUGAAGGUAAUUGAUAUGAUUACGAAAGUAUUUGUUUAGUCAGUUAAAUUUAUAAUCAGCUUCCUUGCAUAUCAAGAGGAAUGUUGCUCUUGAUGUCUUAAAUGUGAAGACAGAUUAGUAGGAAAGGAAGAAAAUCCAAGAAAAGUUAUGAUGACUUUUUAAGGGUCUUCUGCUUUUUUGUUCUGACUUUUACCUCAGGUGAA